AUGAUGCCGCAUGAUGGCGAUCCUUGGCAAGAGGUCCGGUCACCCGAUACCGAGCCGCCACUUCUGCCACAUGUGGUUAAAGCCCAGUUGGCUGACGAGUACAAGGUCUUCCCGGUGCACAGGACGAGGCCCGUGCGCAUCAUCGCCACGCGGAGUCGGAAGCAGACGGCGUCCGCGACCUCGAAGGCCUUGGAUGCCAAACCCUACGAUGAGCUGCCGCGGCAGCCGGACCUGGAGCAAUUCUGCAACCCGCCGCCGUCCACGGAAGCUGGCAAGAAGCUCCGGAACAUGCGCUUUGCCGAGGAUGUUGAGGAGAACGACAGACCUGAGCUCCGGAGCUCCGCGCUGCGGAGGCCCAGCGACGGAGCGAAGGCACCUCAGAAGAACCUCCGAGAAGGAUCCUUGAUGGGCCCGACCGCCACAGGCCGUAGCAUGCGGAGCCGCGCUGGGCGGAGUACAGUUCUCUCCAAUGCUCUGGCGGAGAUCGUCAAAGAGCGGAAGGCGGAUGAGCUCUUGGAAGAGCAGAAGGCCAAGGCAUACCAACAGGAGAAGUUGGACACGCACAUGGGCAGCAAGGCUGCCGAGGUGGCGAAGAGCAUUGGCAUCAAUCCGGGCAUGCUCGACCAACAGCGGCAGACCGUCCACAACUGGAUCUCCUCGUCGUACUUUGACUCCUUCAUCGGCUUCAUCAUCUCCGUGAACGCGGCGACCAUCGGCUUCGAAGCCGAAGUGUCGUCCAAGAUCCCCGCCGGCUGCAGCGAGCGCUGCGUCUGCGGAGACCCGGCCGUGGUUUGUCAGGCGAUGCCACUGUGGCUGAAGGUGGUGGACUAUGCCUUCUUUCUGAUUUAUCUGGUGGAGUUCCUUCUGCGGGUCUACACCUACGGCCUCAAGGUCUUGAAGAGUGCCUGGAUCAAGUUUGAUCUCUUUCUGGUGCUGUCGAGCAUGGUGGACAUCACCCUCCAGCAGCUCUCGACAAGCAGCGAGAUCCUGAACCAGAUCAAUCAGAUCAUGCUGGUCCGAAUCCUCCGGCUGGCGCGGCUCGCCCGGGCUGUGCGUCUCAUGGUCCAGUUUCGCGUGCUUUGGCAGCUCGUUCAGGGCUUACUUCACAGCGUCAGCACCUUGCUGUGGACCUUCUUGAUGGUGAUGAUCCUGGUCUAUGGCUUCGCGAUCGUGGGGAUCGAAACCAUCAAUGUGGAUCAGACGCUGCCGCUGGACCACCCUUACAACCUCGCAGUGACCGAGAACUUUGACGGCUUUGUCGAUGCCAUGUUUACACUGUUCCAGUGUUUCACGCUGGACAGCGUCAGCACGGUUUACCGCCCGUUGGUGACGCACAACCCGGCGCUGCUCGGCUAUUUCAUGGCAGUGAUUCUGGUGAUGGCGAUCUCGCUGAUGAACCUGGUCACUGCAGUGAUGGUGAACUCAGCACUCGACCAGGCCAGUGCAGACAAGGACGUCAAGAGAGCCUACGAGGCCGUGCAGAAGCGACGGCAGAAGCUCGACUUGACACAAGAUUUGUAG